UUAAAAAUGGAAGAGGAUACAGAUUAUAGAAUCAGGUUUAGUUCUUUGUGUUUCAUUAAUGAUCAUGUUGGAUUUCAUGGCACGAUAAAAAGAUCACCAAGUGACUUUAUUGUUGUUGAGAUUGAUGAACAGGGACAUUUAGUUAAUACAGCCACUAAUGAACCUGUCUACGAAAUUAGUAAAAUAUUACCUGAGCCAAAUAAUUUUGCCAAAAAACCAAAACUAGAUCUUCAAAAUGUAUCCUUUGAAGAUGGAAAAAAACAAGAAGUUAAUACUUUGGCUAGAUGCUCUGAUGGUGACCAAAAUCAUCAGUCUGGUUCAGAAAAGGAAGAUAGUAUCAAUGGAGGAACUUCCGAAUGUGAAGAAAAGGCUGAUGUAUUAAGCUCCUUUUUAGAUGAAAGAACUAAUGAAUUAUUGAAUCAGUUUGCCUCUGAUGUAAAAGAGAAGUGGACUUCUAAAACUGAGCCAAUUGGACCAUCUCCUGAAUUCUCAGUAGGCAGAAUCCUUGACAAAAACCAGAGGGCUAUUUUGCAUAGUGCUAUUAGGCAGAAAUUUCCUUUUUUGGUAACUGUAGGAAAAAACAGUGAAAUUGUUGUAAAACCGAAUCUUGAGUAUAAAGAACUCUGUCACUUGGUAUCUGAAGAAGAAGCAUUUAACUUUUUUAAGUAUUUGGAUGCAAAGAAAGAAAAUUCCAAAUUUACCUUUAAACCUGAUACAAAUAAAGACCACAGAAAAGCUGUCCACCAUUUUGUCAACAAAAAGUUUGGAAACCUUGUGGAAACCAAAUCUUUUCCUGAACUGAAUUACAGUGCUGCUAAUCCAAAUGUAGUAAUAACUGUAAGAUUUCGGGAAAAAGCACACAAACAAAAGCACAGGAAAAGUUCUCUUCUUGAACGUGAGGAAAGAAAAGCUAUAUAUACAGCUUUUACACUACGAAAGGAAAAUAUGGAAAUGUUUGAAGCAAUUGGUUUUUUAGCUAUCAAACUUGGUGUGAUUCCUUCGGAUUUUAGUUAUGCAGGCCUUAAAGACAAGAAAGCCAUCACCUAUCAAGCAAUGGUUGUUAGAAAAGUGACUCCAGAGAGGCUGAAAAAUAUUGAAAAAGAAAUUGAAAAGAAAAGAAUGAAUGUGUUUAAUAUUCGCUCUGUAGAUGAUUCCCUUAGACUUGGUCAGCUCAAAGGAAAUCACUUUGAUGUUGUCAUCAGAAAUUUAAAAAACCAAAUAAAUGAUUCUGCAAACCUGAGAGAGAGAAUUUUGGAGGCAAUAGAAAAUGUUAAGAAUAAAGGCUUUCUGAAUUACUACGGCCCACAGAGGUUUGGGAAGGGAAGGAAAGUUCACACAGACCAAAUCGGACUGGCAUUGCUAAAGAGUGAUAUGGUGAAGGCCAUAAAACUAUUUCUUACACCAGAAGACUUGGAUGAUGCUGUAAAUAGAGCAAAGAAAUACUUUCUUCAAACUGAGGAUGCUAAAGGCACGCUUUCAUUGAUGCCUGAGUUCAAAGUUCGAGAGAAGGCAUUGUUGGAGUCGCUGCAUCGCUUUGGCAUGACUGAGGAGGGUUGUAUCCAGGCAUGGUUCUCUCUUCCCCAUUCCAUGCGCGUAUUCUACGUUCACGCAUACAGCAGCAAAGUUUGGAAUGAGGCGGUAUCUUACAGGUUCGCAACCUAUGGAUCAAGAGUAGUGGAGGGGGAUUUGGUCUGUUUGGAUGAAGAUGUUGGUGAUGAGCAUCUUCCAAAUAGUAAAGUUCAUCUGGUAACUGAAGAAGAGGAAUCAGCUAAUACAUAUGCAAUAUAUCAGGUGGUUCUUCCAGUACUUGGGUACAAUAUUCAGUAUCCGAAGAACAAAGUAGGGCAGUGGUACCAUGAUGUACUUAGCAGAGAUGGACUACAGACAUGUAGGUUUAAAGUACCUACACUGAAACUGAAAAUACCAGGAUGCUAUAGACAUAUUUUGAAACAUCCUCAUAAUCUCACAUACCAACUAAUGGAAGAUCAUGACAUUGAUGUCAAAACAGAAGAUUCCCACACAGAAGAAGCAACUUUGUCUCUUUUGGUCUCUUUUGAUCUUGAUGCUUCGUGUUAUGCUACAGUUUGUCUGAGAGAAAUAAUGAAGCAUGACGUUUAAACUGAUACCCUUGGUAUAAUCAUGUGUAUGUCACUCUGAAGGAAAGGGAGCUAAAAUUUCUGAAGCACCUGCCAUGUGCUAGGAGCUUCAUAAUUGUUAUCUCCUUUAAUUUUCAAAGCAUCCUGAAAAGUUGGAAUUUGAUGCUGUAAUGUUCCAGAGGACAUAUAGCUAGUAAGUGUCAGGGUCUAAAUUUAAGAUCUGUCUGACUCCAAAUCCUAUGCUCUUUCUGUUAUACAGUGCUUCAGUGACCUUUAUUCUGUCAUAAAAGUUACAAUCUUUUUAAAUGAUUAGAAACAUAUAAUACUGUAAGACAACAUUUAAGAAAAAAAAAAUUGUGAAGUAAUGUUCAUAUCCUCUAGCUCCUUGCUUAGAACAUAAAUGAAUAUAGGUUGCAGUGAUGAAAGCAUAUGGUUGGAGAGAAAGACAAAUGAAGCACUGUGCUAAUUAUUGUCAUCCUUUCCUAGUUUUGAAAUUAUUGAUCAGAACAAUACACAAAAGAAUCCCUUUGUUUAUGAUAGCUACCCAAAGGUAGUUAUUACCUCUUUAUGAGAUAAAUAAUCUUUGAUGAAGAUUAAAAUAAAAUUUUUCAUACAGUUUCUAUAUCUUGACAUACAUUGACACUCUUGACUAUUUGUAAUUUUUUUUCUAUUAUCUAAAACACAAAUUUUAGAGUCAGACAGAUCUAUCUUUAGACUCCAGCUUUAACACUUACUGGUAACUUUGGGUAUGUUAUUGAUUCUUUUUGAGGGUCACUGAAAGAAUCAAGACAAUACCAACUUCAUAAAUGACAAAUAAUAGGAUUCUCUCUACUUUUAUGUUGCUAACAGAAGAAAACAUUUCGCACAUUUGAAAAGUUUGAAUUUUGUUUUUUAACUAUCCCACAUCAUAAAUCAUCCUUAACCCUUUUAUAUCAGUUCAAUUUAUGGGGGAAAUGACUGGUAUGCAUUGAUUGGAAAGAUCUGAGUAUUCUUUCAUUGCUGGUAAUAUAUAAUGACGAAAUUUAAAAGGCAGUAUAGAAGACUGUAUAUCAGUAACAUGGCCCUUUAUAUACUUGAGUCAAACCAUUUUGUAGGAUAUUAGCAUAAGGAAAUAAAAUACAAAAGAAGAAAAAAGCUAUAUGCAAUGCAAAAUUUCCUUAUUGCACCACUUUUACAUAUAAUAAAAGAAAUUAGAAAUAGUUUCAUUGUCCAGCAUUAAAUAAUUAAAAUAAGUAAAACGAGAUGCCAACUUGAUGGCAAAACAUGUAGUUAUUAAAAAUGGUAAUGUCCCAACUAACCAACAAAGAGGAAAAAACAAAGAAAAAAUGGUGAUGAAUUAUUUAGUUACAUGCAAAAAUGUCCCAAAAGCAGAACACAUGUAUUACAAUUGCAGUAAUACACUGAAUUCAGCUUUUACAAAUGAGAGGCACAUUAGCACAGUGAUUAAAAGCAUAGAUAUUGGAUACAAACUCCCUGUUUGAACCCUGGCUCUGCCACUAACACCAAUGUGUCCUUGAGCAAGUUAUUUAAGCUCAAGUGCUUCAGUUUCAACAUCUGUAAAAUGGAGAUGUUAAUAUUCUCUAUAUCAUAGGAAUCUUCUGAGGACUUUCUGAGUUAAUAUAUGUAAAGCAGCUCUAAAAAGUGUUAAAAAAGUGUCUGCAGAUUCAAGUUUGGAAGACAAAGAAAAAAAUGAAAAUGUUCUGUUAAGAUGAUGGGGUGUUUUAAUUUCUUUUUAAUAUUGAAAUGUUCCUUUUUUGUCAUUAUAUAUUUUAGCAAUAAAUAAAUCUCAACACAAAAAGUUGGA